AUGGAUAUUCAAUAUGCUACACAGCAUGAAAAAAAAUUAGAACUUACUGAGAAUUAUUUGGCACAUUUAAAUCGUGCGCAAAAAGAACGUGACUAUUAUAAUAAGAAUAUUGUAAAUGCAGUUGUAGAUGACAGUCUUGAAGAUAAUUACAAAACUUUUACAAUGCGUUCAUUUUCUUUCGAUGCAAAUGCUCUACCUCCUACAAUCAAUACCAAGCUGCUUUCUCUUAAGAGACAAGAAGAAUUGUAUAAAGAAAUUGCGCCCCAUGUUGAUUUACCUUUUCGUGAUAUUACUUGUCCAAAGCCAGAAGAAUUAAAAACAAGUUAA